AGUGCUUCCGGUCUCCGGUCGCCUGCCUUUGCAGGCCCCACGUUGCUCUGCCGCUAACCGUGUCGCGCUGUGAGUGACCUGUACCGAGUCGUAAGAAGGUCGGCGGGGGACCCAGGAAACUCAGCAAUGGACUCAGUGGCCAUUGAGGAUGUGGCUGUGAAUUUCACCCCAGAGGAGUGGGCUUUACUGGAUCCUUCACAGAAGAAACUCUACAGAGAUGUGAUGUUGGAAAUUUUCAGGAACCUGGCCUCAGUAGGAAAAACAUGGGAAGAUCAUGACAUUGAAGAUGAGCACAAAAACCAGGGGAGAAAGCAAAGAAGUCCUAUGGGUAAGAGACUCUGUGAAAGUGAAGAGGGUAGUCAGUGUGGAGAAAAUGUCACCCUUAUUCCAAAUCUCAGUGUGAACAAGAAAACUGCAAGAGGAGAACCAUGUGAAUGUAGUGCAUGUGGAAAAGUCUUCAGGCAUCAUUCAUCCAUUAAAAGGCAAGUUAGAUGUCACACUGAACACAAACAAUAUGAUUAUCAAAAUUAUGCAGAGAAGCCAUAUGUAUGUAAGGAAUGUGAGAAAGCCCUCCCUUUUCCCAGUUCUCUUAAAAUAUAUAAAAGAACCUGUACUAGAGAGAAACCUUAUAAAUGUCAAAAAUGCAGUAAAGCAUUCACUUCUUCCAGUUCUCUUCGAGUCCAUGAAAGAAUUCAUACAGGAGAGAAACCCUAUGAAUGUAAGGAAUGUGGGAAAGCUUUUAGAGCUCUGGCAAGCCUUCAGUCACACAUGAUCUUUCACACUGGAGAUGGACCGUAUAAAUGUAAGGCAUGUGAGAAGGCGUUCCUUUCUCCCAGUUUACUUCAAAUACAUGAAAGGAGACACACUGGGGAGAAACCCUAUGAAUGUAAACAUUGUAGGAAAGCCUUUAGUCUUCCCAGAAUUCUUGAAAUACAUGAAAGACGUCACACUGGAGAGAAACCGUAUCAAUGUAAGGAAUGUGGGAAAGCUUUUAUUGCUCUCACAAACCUUCGAGUACACAUGAUCACUCACACUGGAGAUGGACCUUAUAAAUGUAAGGAAUGUGGGAAAGUAUUCAUUUAUCCCAGUUUGUUUCAAAGACAUGAAAGGAGUCACACUGGAGAGAAACCCUAUGAAUGUAAAGAAUGUGGGAAAGCCUUCAGUUUGCAUGCUUACUUAAAAAAACACAAAAAAACUCACACUGGAGGGACACCCUAUGUAUGUAAAGAAUGUGGUAAGGCUUUUAUUUCUCUUAAACUUUUCCAAAUACAUGAAAGAAAUCACAGGAGAGAGAAAUCCUAUGAAUGUAAAAAAUGCAAUAAAGUAUUCACUUGCCCCGGUUCUCUUCGAGUCCAUGAAAGAACUCAUACAGGAGAGAAGCCCUAUGAAUGUAAGCAGUGUGGGAAAGCCUUUAGAGCUCCCUCAAGUCUUCGAUCACAUGUGAUGCUUCACACUGGAGAUGGACCUUAUAAAUGUAAAGAAUGUGAGAAAGCAUUCAUUUCUCCCAGUUCACUUCAGAGACAUGAAAGGCGACACACUGAAGAGAAACCCUAUGAAUGUAAAAAGUGCAGUAAGGCCUUCAGUUAUCCUUGUUCUCUUCGAGUCCAUGAAAGAACUCAUACUGGAGAGAAACCCUACGAAUGUAAGCAAUGUGGGAAAGCCUUUAGAGCUCUCUCAAACCUUCAGUCACACAUGAUCUUUCACACUAGAGAUGGGCCAUAUAAAUGUAAGGAAUGUGAGAAAGCAUUCAUUUCUCCCAGUUUACUUCAAAGACAUGAAAGGAGUCACACUGGAGAGAAACCAUAUGAAUGUAAAGAAUGCAAUAAAGCCUUCAGUUAUAUCAGUUCUCUUCAAAAACAUGAAAGAACUCAUACUGGAGAGAAACCUUAUCAAUGUGAAAAAUGCAGUAAAGCAUUUGAUUUUCCCAGUUCUCUUCGAAGGCAUGAAAGAACUCAUAGAAGUGAGAAAACCUUUAUUUCUCAUGCAAACUGUUGAGGACAUGUGGGAACGCAUGUAGAAGAGAAAACUUAUAAAUGUAAUGAAUGUCUGAAAGCCUUUUGUCAUCUUUUGUCAUCUGAGUUCUUUCUGAAGUUAUAAAAGAAGUCACUUGAUAAAAACCUCCUGAAAGUAAACAGUGUGGGAAAGACUUCAGUUGACCUACAUCAUUAUAUGUGAAACUCCCACCAAAAAGAAAUUGAAAUUUAAGUGAUAAGAAAAAGCUUGAUGGAAAUUAGCUUGUGUAUAAUGUUCUAGAAAACUUUCAACAUGAAAGUUGUUAUAAAAGUUGUAAAUAUAUUGCAAAUAUAUUGCAAAGCCUCUUUGUUGAGUGCAACAUUGAAUUCUGGAUUUCUAUUAAUGACUUUCAGAAAUGAAUAUUGAGGUGAGAUAAUUCUGUAAGUCAUUCUUCAUCAAUACUACAUAAGAUUACUAGCUACUGCUUUUUCCUUAAAUCAGUUAAUAAUGUUUUCACUUUAAUUUUAAAUAAUGUUUUAAUUGUUCUAUGUUAAGGGGUCAUCGAAAAGUGACAGUUUGUGUUUCUUGGGAUUUUCUUCCUGGCCUUAUAUAGCAGUUUCUGGAUAUGCCUAAUCUGUUGUAUAUAUUGUUCCUUUCUUAGAGAAAGCUCCUUUUUUUGGAUGGUAAGUAUAGGAGCCUGUUUUUAUUUUCCAUACUAUUAAACAGUUGGAAUAAAUUUUUGUGUAUAGCAAAUUUA